AUGUCUUUAAAUUACAUCAAGAACUUCUAUGAAGGAUGUCUCAGGCCUCCAACAGUGAUUGGUCAGUUCCAUACCCUUUUCUUUGGCUCAGUUCGAAUGUUUUUCCUUGGUGUUUUGGGCUUUGCAGUUUAUGGAAAUGAGGCCUUGCACUUCAGCUGUGAGCCAGACAAGAGGGAGGUUAAUCUCUUCUGUUACAACCAGUUCAGGCCCAUAACUCCUCAGGUAUUCUGGGCAUUACAGCUAGUGACGGUUCUGGUACCUGGAGCAGUGUUUCAUCUUUAUGCUGCAUGUAGAAACAUCGAUCAGGAAGAUAUCCUCCAAAAGCCCACCUAUACUGUUUUUUAUAUCCUCUCUGUUCUGUUAAGGAUUGUCCUUGAAGUUGUGGCUUUUUGGCUUCAGAGUCAUCUCUUUGGCUUCCAAGUGAACCCACUCUACAGGUGUGAUGCAGGAGCCCUUGACAAAAAGUUUAAUAUUACCAGAUGCAUGGUGCCGGAACACUUUGAAAAGACAAUUUUCCUCAUUGCUAUGUACGCUUUUACUGUGAUUACAGUGGUGUUGUGUGUUGCUGAGAUUUUUGAGAUCUUAUGUAGGAGGCUGGGUUUUUUAAAUAAUCCGUGA